UACUGUCUUGUAACGUCAAGUGUGCGAACUGUCGUGACAGCACAUUGACACAGAAAGAAGUGUGCAUGACGCAGACAAGUCAGUGUUAUAAUUGUUUCUCCAAUUUUUAAAUAUGUAUGUCGUAUAACAUUCAUAUUGGAUUCUUCAUUUAAGGAUAACAUCGUCUCGGUGCACGAGAAGCUUAUUUGUGCGAGAAGCACUUUGCAGUUUCUCGUGCUAGCUUAGCUUGUUAGUUAGCUUAGCUCGCUAGUUAGCUUAGCUCGUUAGCUGCUAACAGAAGACACAGAAGUUACCAACACAUCGCUAAGCAGAGAUCAAGUGUGAGAGUAAAGUGUUGUGAUUGUGUGAAAAUGUGUAAAUUACAAAUAUUGAGAGCGUUAGUGAGACAGCGACUAACUGCUGCCGUUGAAGAAAUAUUUGUAGUGUUAGAAAGAACGAUAGCAGAAUACGAGGCGGAACUUGCUAGAACAAAAGAGGAGCACAAUCGACUACUGGACGCUGUUUUCAAGAAACAUCAAGUUGUGUUACACAGAACAGACCUCGAUGAAGAACAUCAUCUACGUGAGCAGGAGGAGAAACCACAGCCCCCCCACAAUAAAAAGGAAAAAGAGGUACCACAGCUCCAACACAUUAAAGAGGAAGCAGAGGAACCACUACUGCCCCACAUUAAAGAAGAAGCAGCGGAACACAGUGUCAGUCAGGAGGGAGAGGACAUUGAAGGACUGGUGGAGAUCCCAGUGACUGGUGUCCCUGUGAAGAGUGAAGAUGAUGAGGUCAAAGGUGAAAGUGAGAAGAGAGAGGCGGAGCCUCCAAGCAGCAGCUCAACACAACACAUGACAACAGAAGCUGAUGGAGACCACUGUGGAGGAUCACAAGCAGACAAGCUCUUAGCUCCACUAUCAGAUAGUGAGGACACAACGUCACACUCUCCUGACACUGAUGAUGAAGACUCUAAAGAUGAUAAGACAUGUCACACUGACAACACUCGCUUUAAAUGUUCUCACUGUAACAAAGAUUUUGGCCUCAAAAAGACUCUUAAUAGACACAUGAAAAAUCGCACUGGAGAGAGACCAUGCAUGUGCUCAGUGUGUAACAAAAUAUUCUGUAGGAAAGCAGACCUGAUAACACACACAAAAAUACACACUAGAGAGAAACUUUUUUCUUGUUCAGUGUGUGGUGUAUUUUUCACACAGAGUGAAAGUUUGAAAAAACACAUGAGAAGACACACUGGAGUUAAACCUUUUUCCUGUUCAGUGUGUGGAACAGGUUUUGUACACAAGGACAACUUGAAAAGACACAUGAGAAUACACACUGGAGAGAAACCUUUUCCUUGUUCAAUCUGUGGCUUAUCUUUUACAAGGAAGCAAAGUAUGAAAGAGCACACAAGAACACACACUGGAGAAAAACCCUUUUCUUGUUCUAUCUGUGGCUUAUCUUUUACAAGGAAGAUCAGUUUGAAAGAUCACACAAGAACACACAACGGAGAAAAACCUUUUUCGUGUUCUGCCUGUGAUGCAAGGUAUGCACGAAGUCAAGAUUUGAAAAAACACCUGAAAAGACACACUGGGGAAAACCUUUUUAAGUGUUCUGUGUGUAAUUCAACUUUUGUCCGAAGUGAACAUUUGAAAACCCACAUGAGAACACACACUGGAGAAAAACCUUUUUCUUGUUUAAUCUGUGGCUUAUCUUUUACAAGGAAGGUCAGUUUGAAAGAUCACACAAGAACACACACUGGAGAAAAACCUUUUUCCUGUUCUGUGUGUACUUCAAGUUUUGCACGAAGUCGAGAUUUGAAAAAACACACUAGAAUACACACUGGGGAAAAAGUGUUGACUUGCAGUGUGUGUGAUGAAAGAUUCUCUCAUGAGUACCAACUUAACAAACACAAGUGUGCUGGUGAGAGCAGCAGCAGUAAAGUAGAAAAGCGCUCCGCAGACCUCCACCAGGCCAAAUCUCCCAGUAGUUAAGAAUCCUUCAAACGAAGGCUGAAUCCAAAUGAUGAUCAGGAUCAACAACAAAAUCUAAUCACUUGUUCCUUAUCCCAUUUCUGACAUGUCCUGAAAGUUUAAUUAUUAUCUGACUAUACUUUCUUUUUUAUUUCAACAAAAUGACAAUCAAACAAAUCCCAUAUUAUUUUUAGUUACUUUUCAAUUACUUCAAAAGCAAACAUGUAAAUAUGUUUCUUAGUUACUCAGCCUGGAAAACAACAUCCACACAACAGUUUAUAUUUAUUAUUCAUUCUUAUCAAUAUUUUUGUUGUGUACUAACACAUCAAUUUGUACUUCUGCUAAUAUUUAAGAAGUGAUUAUGAUGUUAUGGUUCAGUGUGCCCCUUCACAGGCUUGCUGUCUCCAAAACAAGUCUCCACCAUGAUGGUGCCAGCGGUCCUACUACUUGUACUUGUACACUAUACAAUAUAAUUAGGCACACCUUUUGUAAGAUAGACAUUUUUGUUUGUACUAACAAUUUGAAACCAGUGAUGUAUCCUUUGCAUGUGACCUUGUAGAAAGAAAUAUCUGUUUUCAUGAACAAUGAUCUGAUUAUUUGAGAUGUUUAAACAACAAAAUACAAGUCUAUUUUUCUAAUUGGUCAAUUGGUUCACCUGUCUCUUAUUGGCAAUCUGGGCACACCUUCUUUUUAUAAUAGCCCUGCUCUUCUGUCAGUGCUGGAUCAUUAUGGAAGUAUUAUUGUAGCAAAGUUAUUUGCAAUUGUGUAUCUUAAAUCUGUGCAUUUGUAAUCCAAUUCACGUGUCUGUGUACUAAUGUCUGUUUCUGUAUCUCAGUGUGUGUGUGUGUGUGUGUGUGUGUGUGUGUGUGUGUGUGUGUGUGUGUGUGUGUGUGUAAUCGGAGCUGUGUAUACAUGUUUUAAGCUGUCUGUAUUAUGAUUUAUGUGCGUGUAGAAAAAAAUCUGUCCGUAUUACCUCGGUUGGCUGUCUUUGUACACGAGACUUUUUGCUACGUUUCUGCUGUGAAAAAGUUGUGUAUGCGUAAUCAUAGUUGUGUGUGCGUAUUUAGAUGUGUGCAGGUGUUAAGCAAUCUGUGUGUAAGAGUUGUGUGUGUGUGUGUAAAAAAAAUGUCUGUCUGUAAUCAAAUUUGUGUCAAGCAGAAACCCUAUUGUAUACAAUUCUAAUACAAUUUGUCUGAACGCCAACUGUCCCUAGUAGCAUUCAAUACGGCGACUUACACGGGGCUUUCCGGAGGCACCUUCCCCCUCGCGCUCUUACAAUAUAUAACACAAUUUACAGUGUUUCCCAUAAACUGCCAAGAUACCUGUGGCGGUGGGGGCGUGGCUAUGGGCGUGGUCAACAAGACAUCAUCGAGUAAUUUGCAUAAUUUACUACAAUGAUAUGAUUUUCUCUAAAAAGGCUCAAAAAAUUUAUACUUACUAAUUAAUAAUAACAGUUUUGUUUUAAACGUCCAUCCAUUCAUCCAUUUUACAAUAUAAUUACAACACUUUAUGUACAUAUUUAUAUACAAAUUUGAACAAUAAGUUAUUCACUGAAAUAUAUUUAUUAAUUGUGGUUCUUACAAAAAAUAUAUCUUAUAAAAUAUAAAAGCUAAAAUGUCUCUUAAAGCUCUGCCCCUUUAAUUAGUGCAUACUAAAUCAUUGAACUUUAGCCUACUACUACAACCAUAUUAUUUACCAGCAACAUAAAGUGAAACAGAGGCAGAGGUGUCCUGCCACAGUCAGUAACAAAUAAACAGAAAACAGUAGUGGUCAAAUACAAAUAAGGCAACAAGAGAAGUAUCCUACACUUCUCUUUUGUAAAGUAAAUAUGAACAGCCUAUAUGGGCAUCUACAUCAACUAUAUGAUUUGCCUGUGAAGCUGGACGGGACAAAAAAAAAAAAAAAAAAAAAAUUAUUUGUGGCGGACGUAAUUCUUUCGUGGCGGGCCGCCACAAAUAAAUGAAUGUGUGGGAAACACUGAUUUAUGAAUAUGCAAUGAGGUGGCGUCCUCCAGACGUAGAAUAUUGUUCUGCUUUCUUCUCCCUGGACUCCGAUUUCAUAUCUAGUGUUGUCCUUCAGACCUCGGCAAAGAAGCCACCUCAGCAGUGGCAAGAAUGUGGUAGAUAAGGGUGUAUGUGCGUAGGCAUGAACUUGCACCCAGUUUAACUAGAACUUUAGAACAUAUGAUUAGUUGCACGGCCUACUAGCAUAUCUAUAUUAAAAAUGUAUUAAUCACUUCAUCCUUCAUUAUCUUAAUUAUAUCCCAACACUUUAUACGUCAUUUGAACAGUUGUCCUUUAUACAAUUUUAAAAUGUGUGACUUUAUUAAUCAUUUGUUGGGUCUCUAUAAUCUGUUUCAUUAAUUAUCUUUAUUACUCUCUUUUGUAAUAUGAUGAUUGUGUUGUGAUGGUUUUAUAUGUAUGUCCCCAGACCUUUAUGCAAUAUAAAAGUGAGAGAAAAUUGAUGAAAUGUUUGUGGAAGUAUGUUUUUGUUUUUACAAACUUACAUUUGUGGAUA